AUGUCAGCUACGCUAUCUGAUGCUCAGCAGAACGAUCUGCUCCAGCGUCAGGCUAAGCGACGCUCAUGGUCAAUCACUCCUUCAGCUGCUGCUGCUGCUCCUCCUCCUCCUCUUCCUCUCUCGACCAUAACUCAUACAUUGCAAUCAUCUGGUCCUGACUUGGUAUAUGCCCCUGUGGCUUCCCAUCCAACUUCGUCCUUGGACUUUGAUGACCAUUCAGCGUCGUCACCAUUUUUGUCUUCUCCUUCUUCUUCUUCUUCUUCUUCUUCAGGAAGAACAUCACCCAUUUCUACUUCGGCAUUUUUCCAGCAAGAGUCGAUUGAUGGACUUUUGGGACAUUCCACUUCUAAUAGCAAUCUUACUUCUGCUUCUACUUCUGCUGUUGCUGCUUCAGGAGUACCUACCCCUGGAAUUAACUCCACCCCCUAUUACCACCGUAGAAUCAACUCAUUAAUGUUGGCUGGCCAGCGAUCCCGCACUCCGGACUCUUUAUACAACUUGUCCGCUUCGUCGUCCUUAACCAACAGUACAAACCCCAGCAUGACCUCGCUGCCCUCUUCAACAAACUCAACAAAUUCAUCUGUUUCUUCCACUUCAACCGUUGUAGAAAAACGUUCUUCUCUUGGCCGCACCCGUUCUCUUCAUGCUUCUUCCAACUCUUCUUCAACGGGUGGUAUAACAACAACAGCAACACCAGCCUCCAAACGUUGGUCUUCUUCAGUUAUUAUGGACUCGCAUAAUGGCCUUUCCUCUCCUCGACCUUUGCAUCUGCACCACCGCCGUAACUCAUCCUUGGGUAUUUCACAUCCCUCGACCCCAUUUUUAACGGAACAAGAGCGGCUGCUUCAGGAAAAGCUUCAGGAAUUGGCUCGCUCUGAAAAUGCCCGUUUAAAUGAUGGAACUAUAUCUAAUAACACAACAACAAAUACAAAUGCAAAUGCAAAUGCAAAUACAAAUACAAAUACUACUACCUCGAGUGCUUCUUCAGCAGCAGCUUCUCUUCUCUCCUCACCUUUAGUCUCGUCUUACUCAUCUUCUUCAGUUGGCACUAGCCCCCGAUCCAGUUUUCAAUCUAGCCCAAACGCGGCAACCACGGGGGGUCCAGUCCCAGUUGGUCCCAAGGUUAUUAUUCCAAGUGGUUCUCAAAACACCCACUAUAGACAUUUGUCUCUACAAUCCUAUUACAACACUACAAACAACCGAGCCCCAGACAUGUCAGCAUCUCCACCUGCACCUGCACCUGCACCAUCUUACUCCACCGCAACUGCAACCCAAUCCUUGGGAGGCCCCAGCAGCCUCUCUUCCGCAGUUGCUUCUGGAUUCCCCAUGUUGCCUGCUGCCAUGAAUAAUUACUCAAACGUUUAUAAUAACAAUACCAUCGCCAACAACAACAACAACAACAACAUCUACCGACCCAUGUCGCCGCGUGCCGCUGCACGCGCCGCUGCGUUAGCGUCGCUAAACGCGGCUGACGAAUUCCCAACUUCAACGGCUCGAAGUUUUAGUCGUCGAAGCAGCUCUGCAAGCAGUUGCGGGAGCAUGUUUUUACCAUCAGGUGUUGCCGGUGCACGCACAAGUAGUGUGUUGUCAGAGAGUGGUACGAGUAGCGGGAUGUUUUCUCCAUCACCACCAGCUUCGCCAUCUGUUAAUCGGAGGUUUGCUCGUCAUAGUUACCAUUACAAUAGCCACCAUAAUUCGUAUGGGUUUCAACGACCCAAGGACUCUUUAGAGAUUUGCGAGGGUGAAGCCACAAGUACAGUUCCUGAGGGGUUUUAUAUUAUUUCAGCUUCAGAUCUUGAGCGACUACGACGGAUGGAGCACUUGGAAGAGUUUGGGUCGCUGGUCGAGGCACAGGAGAAGUCGUCAUCACUGUUUGGCAGGUCCGGCAGUGGGAAUAACGAUGGAUCAUCAUCAUCAUCAAAAUUACAAGAAGAUGGGACUCCUGUGAUGGGUCCACAACGACCUGGGAACAUUGGGGGGACUGUAUUGUCGUGGCGAAUGACUGGAGAGAUGAUGCGCACAUGGAUGACUGCAUACAAAUCUCCAUCUGCUGUGAUUGAUCUUGUUCAAUUUGUGUGGGCCACGGUGUCGAAUGGAGCUGCAGUUCGUGAAGAAUUGUGGCCACGAUCCCACACAAGCCCAGAGGAAGAAUUUGAAAAUAAAGAAACUGAAAAUAAUGGUUCUGCAUUGCUUCCACCAAAGGAUGUUAUUGAAGGGUUGAGGGAUGCAGUUGUUGCGCAGGUUGCGCGGGCUGGUGAGGGAGCUCGUGGUGUUGCGCAGGUUGCACCUGUUGCGCGAGCAGCAGGGCGGGCCGUUUUGCAAGCGACUGUUGACUGGGCGUGCGUUGGUCUUGCCAUGAGCAUUAUUUUUGUUCAGGUGGUGUUGCUUGGGGUGAUGACAAUUGCGUUUUUAUUAGGCGACGCUCUUGUUUACCCUGUAAGGGUAGCUCGAGUGUGGUACUAUGGAGCGAGUGCAAAUACAAGUACAAAAAAUGUUAAAUCUAAGCAACAGCAACAGCAGCUACAGCAACAACAGCAACAACAGCAGCAGCACAACAGUGCUCCGGUCAAUUCAACAAGUCAAGCAGCAACUGCAACUGCAGUAAGCAGCGAACCAAAGAAAGUUGAAGAAAAGGAGAUGGUAUAUGAUAGUCCCGUUGUUCUUGUAAGACGGUUAACACGGCGGCGAGCUGAGACGGAGUCAUUAGUUGUAAACAACAAAUUGGAGCAAGAGUCUUUACAGAAUGACAAUAGUAACAACAACCAGCAGCAGCAGCCAGAAGAAAGCAUGCAGGUUCGGGCCAAACGAGCAGCAUUGAAAAAGGCUAAGCGGAGGUCUAGAUAUUAA